UCCGAAACUAACGCUGCUGUUACGAAUCAAGUUACAAGGUCAGAAAUCCCGGAAUACGUCCUUCGUGCAACUGUUCCCGCCAACCGCGUUCAACCGCCGUAUCAAGUACAACUACAGGUGAACAGUGCACCAAUGGUUUUCGAGCUGGAUACGGGUAGUGCUGUUACACUAUGCAGUGAAAAAUCAUGGCAAGACAACCUGGGACCGACCGUGAAAGCGUCCGAAACUAACGCUGCUGUUACGAAUCAAGUUACAAGGUCAGAAAUCCCGGAAUACGUCCUUCGUGCAACUGUUCCCGCCAACCGCGUUCAACCGCCGUAUCAAGUACAACUACAGGUGAACAGUGCACCAAUGGUUUUCGAGCUGGAUACGGGUAGUGCUGUUACACUAUGCAGUGAAAAAUCAUGGCAAGACAACCUGGGACCGACCGUGAAAGGUAAACACGUCCGACCUCGAACAUUACGAGGUGGCGAGCAGGUUUACGUCAAACUUCAGCCUUCAGAUAAUGAACAGGUGCGUGGAUGUGUGAAUUCGACAAACCGUACCCUUAUUGACAAGCUGUUAGAAGACGGGAGGAUAAUACGCCGUCAUUUUGACCAUAUCAGGACUAGGAAGCAUGGGCCAGAUGCGGAACAAACGCCUGAGCCGACAGUACCGGUGGACUCCGGACUGAAGCAAGAAAGUUUGGAAACAACCACAGAUGCGUCAAGGAAACUCAACUGCGCUGGUCGUUGCCGGCUGUCCGGUUGGGGACCUCGAGACGGGACAAAUCAAUGGUUAGAGAUACUGUCACACGUGGCCCAGUCGCGUCCUCAAUGGAGAUCAUGCAUCCAGGCUGUUGCUUUCAAUGCGCAUAGCUCCCCUCCUGGUCUUUCAAAUGAAGAGUCCACUGACACCCUCUGGGUGUUGCAGUUGUCUAUUUUCCUCGCGUCCACCUUCCUAUGCAUACCGCUCGUCGCUUGGCUUCUUGCUCGUCGACGUCAGCGUGUCCGACAGUGGCUUUCCUCCACCUAUGGUACUGAUCCGAACUGUACCCUUAUAGGAUUUUUCCACCCAUAUUGUAACUCAGGUGGUGGUGGGGAGCGUGUGCUGUGGACCUCGAUCAAGGCGAUGCUGCUGGAACGAAAGCCGCGAAUAUUUAUCAUCUAUACAAAUGAUUCAAUUUGUUUGAGACAACCGGAGCAAGUGUUUGAUAGUGUCAAACGCAUAUUCGACGUGUCCUUGGAUGUCAGUGAACGGCAUACAAAUCCUAUACAGUUCGUUCCAAUUCGAAGUGCCCGACUUCUCUCUCCGUCAACUUAUCCCAUAUUCACGCUUGGUGGUCAGGCCUUGGGAUCGAUUUUUGUUGCCCUGGAGGCGCUCAUCCGUUGUCCACCAGAUGUAUUCCUCGAUACCACUGGUUUCGCUUUUACCCUACCCAUUGCCAAACGGCUGGCGAGAUGUAUGACUGCGACCUACGUUCACUAUCCCACGGUAUCUACCGACAUGGUUACUCGCGUAGCCAGCUCGGUGAACCCACCCUUACAAACUAAUGCGAUGACGUCGCUCCAGUAUAACAAUGCUAAUUGGAUUAGGAAUAGUCGUGUACUCUCCUGGAUUAAACUUGGUUAUUACCACAUGGUUUUGAUCGCUUAUCGAUGGGCAGGAUCUCGAAAUGUUGACUUGGUCAUGACCAAUUCCUCUUGGACACGGAGCCAUAUUCUGUCUUUGUGGGGUGGCAAGCCACUGGUUCUGUUUCCUCCUUGUCCUGUACCGACUCGGAAGAUGGCAGCAGCUGGCCGAAUGCCGUGGAUCAUGUCUAUUGGACAGUUUAGACCGGAGAAAAAUCAUGAGCUUCAGCUGGAAGCGUUCAGGCUGUUUCUGGAGCGUCUCCACUUACUGGAUACUCCACAUGAACACAAUUACCGUUUACUUCUUGUCGGUGGAUGCAGGGAUGCGCGGGAUUUGCUUUUGGUUGAUCGUCUGAAAGAGUUGGCUCGAUCGUUGGAUCUCAUCGAGUGUGUACAAUUUCAUGUGAACGUGCCCUAUGAGACACUACAGAGUUAUUUUCAAAAGUGUAUGAUCAAUUUGCACACAAUGGUGGAUGAACACUUUGGAAUAGGUGUGGUUGAGGGUAUGGCAACCGGGUUGAUCACGGUAGCGCAUAAUUCCGGUGGUCCCUUGACGGAUAUAAUUGGACCUGCCAUGAAUGCAUUGCCUUCCGGCGAAGAUUCCGGACACACCAGUACAGGUGUGGGGUUUCUUGCAGCAACAACAGAGGAGUACGCCGACUGUUUCGAGUAUAUUUUGACACGUAUGACGCCUGAUCAACUUGAAGCCGUACGAGGAGCGGCUUUGUCAAGAUCUCGUGCACUUUUUUCCGAUGAAUGCUUUUCCCGUGGAUGGCUGAACAACAUUAAGCUUAUCAAUGUUUGAUUUUAGUGGACUGUGAUACUUCUAUGAUCCCCUACUGUUAUUUCACCUUGUAUAAUUCGGUUUCCGAAACGACACCUUUGUUCUUUUGUUAUCGAUACUUGGCAUUUGAGAUUGCCAAUGGAUGCCCAUUUAAAUAGUGAUUGCCGAACAAUUUUUAUUUCGAUAAUCUGACGAUGCUGAGGACCUUUUAGUAUCCCCUUGAUCGUUUACUUGCAUCUUUCAGGACUGGCAACGGUAAGAAAGCUUUGGGAAAUAACUGCAACUCGCACAAACAGUUAAGUUAUCCGUUCA